AUGCAAUUAGCUCUACCAGAAAGUCUACCGACAUUAGUCGCAAAGCGCUUUACAGCUGCCCGAGAUGCCAGUCAUUUGGUGUUCUCUUCAACUCACUUGUCGAUAAUUAACGCCUCAGGGAUAUCGUAUCAACUUCGUUACUGCCCAGCUCUCGCGAAGAAACCCUCCAAUAUCAAAUCCGACAAUGGACCCAAGACUCCCAAGCCCGAUCCCUUCCAGAACCCUACCCCAGAGCUCCUGGUCGCGCAAUUCCCGCCCGAGAACCCCGCCUACAACCUGAUUCUCAACAAGUUCCCUGUUAUCCCGAACCACUUCCUCCUCGUGACAAGAGACUGGCAAGCGCAGACCGAUCUGCUAGAGAAAGCUGAUCUAGAGGCUACAUAUGAAGUCUUAAAGGCGUGGAACACGUCUGAAUCGGACCAAACGAAUGGCUCGAAGAACCAGGGCCAGAGCCAAAGCCAAAGCCUCUUCGCAUUUUUCAACUCCGGCGACGACAGCGGUGCAAGCCAACCGCACCGCCACCUCCAAUUCCUCCCCGUGGAAGCAAUGCGCCAACCCGGGUCAGAGACCUGGCACCCGCUGAUCGACCUGCUCACAUCCCAACCCACAUCCCCCCCCUCUUCACCUUCUUCAACGCCCAAAUUCCAACACCUCCAUGCCCUCCCAUUCGCUCACUUUGCUCUUCCGCUCCCGCAAAACCCUUCACCCGAAGCUCUCUAUUCGAUAUACACCACUCUGUACAAGGCCGCCGUUGCAGCAACACGCGGCUGUAGCCCACACCAGGAUACCGGGCCAGUUCCUACACACGGUGCAUCGCAUAUCAGCUACAAUCUCGCCAUGACACGUUCGAAGAUGAUGAUUUGUCCGCGUCGGCAGGAGACGGCGGUUGUGCCGAUUGACACUGCGGCAGCAGCUGACAUAGUCGAUCCCGGGGUUCUCUCGUUAAACGGGACUAUCCUUGCAGCAACGCUUAUGGUAAAGGCUGAGAGUGAGUGGGAUGUACUUAGAGAGAAUCCAGAGUUGCUUACGCAGGUUCUUGCUACGGUUGGAUUCCCACGGACAGAUUCGCGAGGCCCUUCUCUGUGA